CUUCAGCUUCUGGAAACGUGACAUCUUCAUCGUAAACUGUGUUAUCCUUGGGAUCAGGUGGAGCUACGGAGACUGGAAAAAACCAACCACCAACAGUUAACUGCGCUGAAAUGAACUUUCCAGAAAUCCGACCAGAGUUGGCAAACAUGACGACAUGUCAAGGAAUCGAUGUCUAUCCAAGUACAUAUUUGAAGAUAUUGGUUAUAGGAUGGUAUUUUCAAACACUAUUUCAUAUCUAAGCAUUCUAUUGUAUAAUAUUUAUUUCUCCAAAAGUCAUGAAAUCUUUCAGACUUUACAUUUUCGAUGGGCAUCACGCCUGUUGUAAUUCCCGCUAUGCCAUUAGGUUAUUCUGUCGGGUUUUACCGAUAUUUUUUCAAUUGUCAUCAAAUGCUUACGCUGUCACUUAUUUGUAUGACAACAUCUGCUUCAACUACGGUGGAAAUCUUUUUUUGGAGGUGGCAGAACAUUAUUCUACCCAACUCAAGUGCAAAGCUAAAAACUGCAACCUAUUAUGGUAUAUGGGUAUUUGCAUUGACAAUACUAUUCACAAGUAUUAUAAUCAUUCAUUAUCAUCUUGCAAGUGACCAGUCAAUAUUAAAACUGCAAAUGAAACAAAUGUAUUCCUGCAUUGAUUUUCUAUACGAGCAGCCCGGAGCAUGGAUAUGUGAAUCUAUAAAAUACCUAUGGGUUGUCUUAUAUGACGUAGUGUCUUGCUGCAUUGGUGGCUCAUUUCUUUUCUUAUUUGUAUAUCAAUCGUUAAAUACUAUUAACCAAAUGGCUUCUAACCGCAGCGCUUAUGCACGCCAAGUUCAACGGAAACUAUUAUAUCUUUUGUGUGCUCAGAUAGAAUACUCAGGGGCUUUUUUUUAA